AUGGAUACCAAGUCCGAAGUCUUCAAUGACAGCGCAACCGUCACCAACUCCCCACCCUCGUAUGAUGCAAUUUCUACGCCAGUAUCAGUUGAUUCAAAACGAUCAGUAUUUUCCUUCUUACACCGCCGAUCCAAGAAAAAACGUCGUGCCACCGUUCUAUCUCACAUCCGCGAAAUUGCUACCUCUCUCGAUUUCGCCCCUUCUUCUACCAAUAUCACUCCAAUCCUCAAUUCCUGCGCUGCUGCUCUUUCAGCAGCAGAGUUCUCCGACCUCUUGCAACAACCCAACAUUGAAGAUCACACAGCGCUGUAUUGGGCGAUCGUAAACAACCGGCGAGAAGCCUUUGAGGCAUUUGCUGAAUUCAUUCCCCAAUACUCCCAUGUCGGCAUUUAUGACUUGCGUCGUGCAUGUAUGACAAUCAGCGAUAACGCAUUAUUUAUGCAUUUGGAUUUGGGAAGCAACGCUAAUCCCGACUCGAAGGAUGCGUCUUUGAGACACGUUUUGGGUUGUCCACAAGAUAUGAUUCAGGUCCAUGAAGGGGAUGGACUAGACAAUAACCGCUUCACUGCUUCUUUCUGCUUCGGGAUGUUCCAGAAACGCCUGCGCAUUGCACGGAAAUUGAACGUAGAAUUUGUUGCCCGGGGACGUAUAUGGGAGUUGCGCUUUUUUAUCGGACGGAGAAAGUGGCGCGUUGAGUAUAGUCUUACUUGGGAUAGCUUGCCAGUGCAUUCAGACUCGGAUUCGGACGUUGUACUUCUGAUAGAGGCCCACGCUGGCAGAAGAGGGCCUUCUAACUAUGCGGCCCCGGCUCCUCUUCGCAUAACAUGCGCGCACGUACCUGCUGAGUAG